UGCAAUUUGCAUGUAGAAAUUAAAGCUUCCUUUAUUAUAGUGGCUAUGGAAUUUUUCUACAGAAAAGUCAUAAAGUCAAAAAUGUGUAGAUUCAAAAUGGAAGGAUUUAUACUGGGACUGGCUGUGGAAUUUUAUUAAUUUUCUUUACGGAAAAGUCAAAAAUUGGCUACACAAGGGGAACCCGUUGCAUUUCAUGAUUCAUCAAUUCAGCAUCCGGCUAUGGCUGCAAAUUAUCAAUGAUUCACUGAUAAAGACAUGAAAAUUUACGAUCUUCGCAUUCGUAAAAUUUCACAAUACCGGUGUACAAAAUGCGAUGAAAUACAAGAUCUGAAGCAACCAUGACGCAAAACACUGAUAAACUAUUCACAUAGACCUGAAAGCAAAUGCAAAAUAAUUACAUUUUAGUCAUAUAAAUACGUUAAAAAUGGUUCGCUCGAAAGAAGAUCUGUCGUUAUCAAACAACUGCUACAACUUCCUGUCAAUAUUGAAACGUAAAGUAUGUAAAUUUCAAAACCAUAAAGCUGCAUUGUUUAUAACCAUCAUGUUAUACAUUUUCGGAGCAUUUACCCACGUUUUCGAGCUCGAUUACGAUACCGAUUUCAAUAAUUAUCCUUUAAAACAAAACAUAGUCGAAUGUGUUCAAGCUUUAGCAGCUGAAAAACCACUCCCACAUUGUAAUAUUAUCAACUCGUACAAUUACUCUUUCAUAAUCAACAAUGAAAAGAAAUGCAUUCGAUCAGAUAACUCCUCAGCUGGACUAGUCUUGAUAAUAAAAUCAGCUAUUGAUCAUUUCGGCCACCGAUUAGCCAUACGAAAGACCUGGGGAUAUGAAGAACGUUUCUACGAUGUUGGAGUAAAACGUAUCUUCAUGUUGGGUGCGACUCGAAAUACCACAAUUUUACAAGCGAUAAGGGACGAACAAGAAAAAUUUAGCGAUAUAGUUCAAGCUGAUUUCUUCGAUACUUAUUAUAACUCUACGAUCAAAACAAUGAUGGCAUUCAAAUGGGCUGUUAGAUAUUGUGACGCGAAAUUCUACCUAUUUAGUGACGACGAUAUGUACAUUUCGGUGAAAAAUGUCCUCAGAUUUAUUCGUAACCCGACCGAAUACCCUCAAUACUUGCAACGAUCUAAUGAUAAAGAAGCUGACAAACAAUUGAAUAAAGUUACAGAAUAUGAUUUGCCCGAAGGGGUGAAAUUUAUAUCCGGGUUUGUUGCGCCUGCUAAUCCUAUUCGGUAUCCGUGCAGUAAAUGGUAUAUUUCUUUGGAUGAAUACCCGUAUAAUAAAUGGCCCCUUUAUGCACCAGCUGGUUCAUAUAUUGUUUCAAGAGAGGUAUUGAAGGACUUGCAUUACGCUAGUUAUUAUACUCAACAUCUUCGAUUUGAUGAUGUUUAUGUAGGGAUUUUGGCUAAAAAAUUGGGUAUUGAGAUGUUCCACUGUCCUGAAUUUUAUUUAUCUGAGAAAAUUCAUGAUGAGAGUAGUUUUAAAUAUGCGAUUAGUUCGCACGGUUACCAUUCUAGUGAAUUGAUUAAAAUAUGGAAUGAACAGAAAAUGAUGGGUAAUGCUUGAUGUUUGUAUAGUGUUUUGAGAUAUUCUUUUUCAGCUGUGAUCGUUUUUAAAUAUUUUUCGAACUAAAUGCUACGAUGUGAUUAUGUUUUAAAUUUACAUAAAAAUGCUCUUUUUAUACAUCUGA